AUGGCUCCUCAGAAACAAGGACGCAAGAUAGCCAUCAUCGGCGGAAGUGGUCAAGUCGGAAACCCUACUAUCAAAACCCUUAUUGCCCAACAAGUUCACACCGUCACCGCCAUCCAGCGUGUUGAAGCUACCAGCUCAUUCCCCUCUGAAGUCAUUGUCAAGACAGGUGACCUACGAGACGAAUCUUUCCUGGCGGACGCCUUCAAAGGACAGGAUGUAGUCGUCCUAAUGCCACCAUUUCCACACAUUAUCAGCGUGCAAGAACCAGCUGUCCGCGCGGCUGCCAAGGUCGGCAUCCCAUACAUCCUGCCCGCUGAAUAUGGCCCCGACCCAUUCGCCCAACGACUCAUUGAGCAGAAUGAGCUUUUGCAGAACAAGAAGCGGAUCCGCGACUUGAUCGAGGAGCUUGGCGUAAGCAGCUGGGUUUCGGUAACCGUCGGCCCGUUUCUGGACAUGCAUGUAAACUCAGGGCUCUGGAGUGUCGACUUCAGAAACCGCAAAGCAACCCUGUUGACUGGCAGCGUCGGCACAGUCAGCAGCACUGAUACCAAGCAUACUGGCCAAGCAGUAGCAGCAGUUCUCACUCUCCCGGAGGAAAAUCUAUCCAAGUACAAGAACAAUGCCAUUUACACACCUGCAUUCCACUUCACACAGCGGGAGUUCUUUGAGGCUGCGCAGAGAGCGACGGGGACGACAGAGAAGGAUUGGAGUAUUGAGAAUCAAGGUAUAGAGGAGGUGCUGAAGAAUUGCAAUGCCAAAAUUGAACAAGGAGAUGCCAUGGCUCCAUUGAGCAAGUUCAUGCUGACGCAUUUCCAGGAGGGUAAUAGAGGGGAUUUGAGAGGCAAGGUUGAUAAUAAUGAGUUGAAGAAGCUAUAUGAGCUUGGACUUGAGGAAGAGAAGUUGGAGGAUGUUAUUCAGGCUGCACUUGGCUGA